AUGGCAUCAGAAGACUCAGCAUCUCCCAGAAAAUGCAUAGGCGUUGAUUGCGAGAAUGAAGCUGGCUCAUUACAAUGUCCAACAUGUUUGAAGCUUGGCACGAAAGACAGCUUUUUCUGUUCGCAAGAUUGUUUUAAGAAGAGUUGGAGUGAACAUAAGAAAGUCCACAAGUCACAGAGUAAUUUCCUCAGUAAUAUCUUUACCCCAAAAGUUGUUUCUAAACCCGAUCCAGCUACCGGACUAUUCAAUCCAUUUCCUACCUUUCCAUUUACCGGAUCGUUACGACCUGUUUACCCAUUAUCCGAUCAUCGAGAAGUACCAAAAACUAUUCAGCACCCCGAUUACUGGAGAGAUGGAGUUCCACGCAGCGAAAGAACUAGUCAAAGAAACAAGAUUGAAAUUUUGAACAAGGAACAGCAGGAAGGCAUGAGAAAGGUUUGUCGAUUGGGUAGAGAAGUUUUGGAUAUUGCAGCCGCAGCCGCUAAACCUGGAGUCACUACCGACUACAUCGACGAGAUCGUACACAAAGCUUGCUUGGAGAGAAACUCGUACCCUUCUCCUCUCAACUACUGCGAUUUCCCAAAGUCCGUCUGCACAUCCGUUAACGAAGUCAUUUGCCAUGGUAUUCCAGAUAGACGGGUUUUGAAAGAUGGUGAUAUCCUGAACAUCGACGUUACACUCUACCACGGAGGCUUCCACGGCGAUCUCAACGAAACAUAUUAUAUUGGUGAUAAAGCAAAGGCGGACCCUGACACAGUGCGAGUGGUGGAAGCUGCACGAGAAUGUUUGGAUCUAGCCAUCGAAAUCGUUAAACCUGGAGUACUAUUCAGAGAUUUUGGAAAUGUUAUAGAAAAGCGCGCCAAGGAGUCGAAUUGUAGCGUCAUCAAGGCAUAUUGUGGUCAUGGAAUCAACAGCUUGUUUCAUUGCGCACCAAAUAUUCCCCAUUAUGCGAAGAACAAGGCUGUAGGUACAGCAAAACCGGGAAUGUGCUUCACAAUCGAGCCCAUGAUUGCAUUAGGAACACAUAAGGAUAAGACUUGGCCAGAUAACUGGACCAGUGUCACUCAAGAUGGAAAGAAAACUGCCCAAUUUGAGCAUACUCUUUUGAUCACAGAUGAUGGUUGUGAAAUCUUGACAGGAAGACUACCUGACUCUCCUGGUGGACCCAUACCAAUGCCAGUCGUUGCCGAGGAGACUAAUGGGGAGACGAAGGAAGUGGCAGCUUGAGAAAUAAUUAGUACAGAUAGAUUGUAGCCAAGCCAAUAGCCACCAGGGCCAUAUCGAGGGCAAUGAGGGGAGGGGGGGAUUUUUGUGACCCCA